AUGACCAACAGCAGCUUCCUCGGACAUUCUGCCUUCCUUCUAACAGGAAUCACAGGAAUGGAAAGUGGGAACAUGUGGCUUGUCGUCCCUUUCUGCUGCACGUAUGUUAUUUCCAUCCUGGGAAACACUGCAAUCCUCUUGGUCAUCAAGGCAGAGUGGAGCCUACACGAGCCCAUGUGCCUCUGCCUGUGCCUGCUGGCUAUCACGGAGCUUGGUGUGUCUCUGUCUACGCUCCCCACAGUGCUGAGCGUGCUUCUCUUUGAUUCACGGGAGGUCAGGUUUGAUGCCUGCCUCGCCUCGAUGUUCUUCAUUCACUGCUUCUCCAUCCUGGACUCCGGGGUGCGGUGGGCCAUGGCCUUUGACUGCUUCAUGGCCGUCUACAGCUCCUUGCAGUACACAUCUGUCCUAACCACCCCCAGGGUAUGCAUCAUUGGGCUGGGGCUCAUGUUGAGGAGCAUUAGCCUCUUGCUCCCCUUGCCGAUACUUCUGAAGAAGUUGUCAUUCUGCAGGUCCCUCGUGGUGGCUCACUCCUUCUGGGUCCACCCCAACUUACCCCAGCUGCCCUGUGCAGAUGUCAAAGUGAAUUUCACGUGUUGCUUAUUUGUCAUCCUGGCCACCUUUGGGCAAGACUCUAUCAUCCUGUCCUACCUGGUGAUCAUGAGGACUGUGCUGAGUAUCACAUCCAAGCGUCUCAAGGCCCUGAACACCUGCGUCUCUCAUGGCUGUGCUGUUUCGGUUUAUUAUACCCUGAUGAUUGGCUUGUCCAUGGUGUACAGGUUUGGUAAACACGCUUCUCCUCUGAUUCAUGUCCUCAUGGCCAAUACCUAUGUCCUCGUAGCCCCUGUGCUAAACCCCAUUAUUUACAGUGUAGAAACGAAACAGAUCCACAAAGGGAUACACAAACUUCUCAAUGCAAGAAGGUGUUGA